UGGAGAUUGUCUUUUUUUUUUUGAUCAACCCCUGGAGAUUGUCUAAAUAGUUCUGAUCUAUAAUUUCCGGAGAUUUGAACUUUCUGUGUGUUUCUCUCUCUAAUGAGUUUUGCUAUGUGUCGGUGGAUACAUAUAAUACAUUUUUAAUAUCUUGAGCUUCCUGCAAUUAAAUGGACACCAAUGGGUUUGUAGUAGAUGAAAAGAGCGAGAGCAGAUUAUAUGUUGGAAACUUGGAUCUUAGAAUAAAUGAGGCUGCGGUGAUAAAGAUGUUUUCUCCAUAUGGGAAGAUCAUAUCAGAAGACUUCCUCUGGCACACACGCGGUCCGAAGAAAGGAGAGCCACGCGGCUAUGCUUUCAUUCAAUACAGCUCUAAAGAGGAAGCUGAAUUGGCUAGGGAGAAGAUGCAUGGGAGAUUAGCUUGUGGUAGGCCCUUGGUGGUUCGUUUAGCUAGUGAGAAGCUUCUAGAAGAUACAUCUCAUCAUCAUCAUCCCAAGAGAUUGUUACCCGAAGCAAACAGAACGAGGUCUGCAAGUGGAAGCAGCUCAGGACAAAUGAGCCGAGAUGAAAGAGUAGCUGCCAUUAAGAACAAACUCAAAGCUUUGGAGGAAGAUGAGAAACCACGAGAUCCCAAGAAACUGAAGAUAUAAAGAUCCGUUUGAAAACACAUACAAACUUUAUGUAAAAGAGAGUUGAAAUGUUUUUUUUUCUUUCUUCCGAAGUUAAACCAAAUUAAAUUGGAGGAAUGGUAUCCGGUUUUCGUACCAAUUACUAAAUUUACUAAAUUACUGGAAA